UGAAAAUACAGGUCACUUUUAAUGACGAGUAUCAAUGUAUGGUGACUCCAGAUUCUAAUAUAGCUAAUAUAAUAUUAUAAUAUGUAUUAAAAGUGUUUCAAUAAUAUGUUUACGACAACCGGAAGGCAGCAGGUGCGCGUUUUUCGGCUUGGGAGCAACGGAAGUAAAAAGAAAGUUUGGCAUUAAACAUAAAUUGUUUAUUAAGUUUAUAUUGUACAAUGUCAUCCGAAGGAACAGUAACGCCAAAAGUAUCGAGUUCAAGUGGUCUAGGUCCCACAUCAGCAACGGGUACGACAAAAAAUGCCCCAGUUCAGCGACAACGACGGAGUAGAGUAUCAAGUGAAAAGAAAAUCGCCGAUGAUGAGUUGAUGGCAGCAGCCAUUGGAGAUGUUGAAUGGUUGAAGCAAAGUCUGCGAGAUGGCAAACAUUUAAUUUUUGACAAAAAUGGUCUAACAGCACUCCAUCUGGCAUCAAUUCAUGGGCGACUAGAAUGUCUUAAGCUGUGCAUUGAUAAAAUAAAGAUUGACAUCAAUCUGCCAAGUUCUACCGGUUGGCGAGCCAUCCACCUCGUCAUAAGCAACCAGACUGGAAAACGAUCAUUGCAAUGUUUGACAUACUUGUUGGAAAAAAAGCCUGAUGUAGUAGUUUGCAAUGAGGAUGGAAUCACCCCAGUGCACCAAGCGGCCAGUGAGGGACAUGUGCAGUGUCUAAAGCUCCUAAUUGAACACGGCGCCGAUGUUCAUGCAAGAGACUGCCGUGACAAUACACCACUAGACCUGGCAAAACUGUGGGGCCAUAGAAAAUGUGCAAGAAUCCUGGCAGCCGAGAUGUGGCAUCAGAACAAGGACUAUGUUGCUAAAGAACUGUCACAACUGAAGAAACUGAAGAUGCAGCACGUGCUUCAGGAAAUUGAAGACGAUGAAGAAUUCCAAGCAAUCCGGGAUGAUCAGAAGGAGAAAGCUUUUCAGCAGUGGCUCAAGGAACGAAAUCUGGAGGAGAAACCAACUGGGCCACAACCCAAGGAGGAUCAGCAGCAAGGACUCCAGAAAGCAAACAGCAAACAGUCGGAGGGUGUUCGAGCAGCAAGUGUUGCCUUUGAGGAGAAGAGCACCACACCGACAUCAGCAGCUUCCUGGAAGAGAGAAACUCUGUCGAGCGGUCUGUCUGGAGACAUGUACAGGGAUUAUGAUGAGGAUGAGUCCAAAAAACAGAGAGAGGUUUCAGAUGUCACUGCAGUUAAACCACCACCUAAAAGUGAACAAUACAUUAAUCCCAACCCGUGGAAUAAGUAUGCAAAGAUGUGUGAGAAGGAAUAUUUGCCCGUCCUAAAAGAUUUCUAUCCUCGCGAUGAAUACACCAUGAUGCCUAAACUGAAAUCUUUUCCAAAGUACUACACCGGUAAGUUUGAGCACCUGCUGACCAUGUCCGACAUUGAUGUUUCCAACAAACCUUCAGCCACGGAAAAGUUACGCAAGCCUGAUCUGCCAAAAGAUGUCAUUCAAAAGGAGCUGGCUAAAGAUCCAAGCAGUCAUGAACGUCCAAUUGUGUUUAAGCCCAAGUGCAUCUAUGAUGUUGUCACAAAGCGUAAAUAUGAUCCAGAUGUCAUACCUUCCAGUGAGACGCCCAUGCAUCUUUCAGAUGACUUCAGAUCGUUUCUUGUCAAGAACAGCAUCAAAAUUUCUGUAGAUGAGUCAGAAGCAUCAUGCAGCAGUGGGUCCCCUAAUCUGGAUGCUUUCCCUCGAGAGCUGGUAGCCAACACAAUCAAACAGAUGUCCAAGCCAGAUUGCUUUCCCAACAUACAAGGACCAGAGUAUGAGAUUAACUUUGGAGACAUCAGUGGAGUGUUUUGAUCCGUUAGAUGCCAGUUCUUUCACUAGAUUGUUAAAAAGGUGUAAAAUGAUGAUGGUGUGAAAUAGGCUUUAGUGGAAAAUAAUAUAUAAUGCUGCAUAAUGAAGGUAAUUUUUACAAAGUGGGCUGCUGUGUUUCUGAGAUCAAAAUAAAAUGAUUCUGUGGUGCAUUCCAAGUAAAUUUUGGCAUUGAAAUCAACAUUUUGAAUUGUACAUGUUAAUUUAUCAUUGUUAUGUUUUUUAAUAACCAAAAAACCCCACCACUUUGAAGGAUAAUUUCUGCCAACUAUAAAAUGUCCAAUAAUCUUGAUACUCAGUUUACAUUAUGCAAUAUGAUCACAACAUUUUAUUGCAAAUGAAAUUCAUCAGUUGUCAGCUUACUUUGAGACGUCUAUAACUUGUAUGAAUAUUAAUAAACAUGCCAUCUACUUAAAACUGACUGAAUGGCUUAUCAGGAUUUUUUGAUUUGCAGUGUGCAAUCUGUUCAUUUAUAAGCAUUCAAGUAUUUCAACCCUUUUAUGUGAUAGUGUGCUAAACUUGUAUUGUGGUUGUGAAAAAUAAGAAGCAAGUGAUAACAAAAA